AUGCCGGCCACUGAAGCAAUCCCGAUAAGAGCUCAUUACCAAGAGGGUGGUGUGGCUGCUGGAGGCACAUUUUGCAGUGAGUCACUGGAUGAUUUCUCGCAUUCCAUCGAUACACUCAGCGAUAUGACACCGAUCGAAAGAGUAACACGACAAAACAGUGGAGAGGCUGAUUUGGAUAAAUCGCGUGAAAACGACUUGCCAAUAGAGAAGAUGUAUGGCGAGAGUGUGGAGUGUUGUACGGACACAGUGAACGGAUAUCUUUAUUUGACACAGUAUCGCAUCAUAAUAAUCAACGAGAGCAUCAAUGCCAUCGCAACAAUACCGCUGUUGGCUGUCGACUCAAUCGAACCGAGAGACGUCUUCAUCUUGAUUAUUAAUUGCAAGAGUGGACGUACAUUCAAGUCGGUUUCGUUCCAUCACUUUUUAAACGCUCGUUGUUUGAUUGUUGUGUUCGGUUGCAGAGUAACGGCUAAAAGCAGUGAGAUCGCUUGUGAAUGGUUCAAAAAGCUCAUGCAAAAAACAUGCUCUCCACGAUCAGUGAGUGACAUCUUCGCGUGGCGGUUCGCUGAAUACGCGAAGAAGAAAAUAUACUCAGACGAAAAAGCUUCACCGUGUUGGCUGAAGACUAUGGAGCGAUACUGUGAUGUGGAGGCAGACGCGAACGAGGACUUCGAAAGACUUGAGUUUAGCCGAGAUCCUUGGAGGAAAUCAACUGCUAAUAAGGAUUAUCAGCUGUGCGAGACGUAUCCGGAGACCGUGAUCGUGCCGGAAGUGAUCACCGACGAUCAGCUGAAGUCGGCGAGUGAAGGUCGAUUCCUGAACCGUUUCCCGGCGGUCGUAUGGCGAUGUAAAGGGAACGGAAGCGUUCUGUUGAGAAGUAGUCAACCGCGGGUUGGUCUCUUCUCGUACAGAUACGUUCAGGACGAACUCAUCCUCGAGUCCGUGCGCCGCGCCAAUCCGCAAGGUCGUUCGGUUCUGGUGCAUUGUUCAGAUGGCUGGGAUCGUACCACACAAAUCGUCUCGUUAGCUAAACUAAUCGCUGAUCCUUACUACCGAACAAUACCUGGCUUUAUUUAUUUGAUUCGACGGGAAUGGAUCGACUUCGGGCAUAAAUUCGCUGAUCGAAACGGUGUUCGGAAUGGAGAUCCAAACGAGCGAUCACCAGUCUUCUUGCAAUGGCUCGACUGCGUUCAUCAACUGCAAAACCAGUUCCCGACAGCUUUUCAGUUCACGAGGGCUUUUCUUACAAAAUUAGCGCAACACUGCUAUUCGGGUAUGUUUGGCACGUUUCUGUGGAACAGUUUGAGUGAGAAAGGCAGAAUGACAGCGGAAAUGAAUGCACACAGAGAAAUAAAGGCAGAGACAUUGUCGGUGUGGGAUUAUUUGAACGAACUGAGGGCUGAAUUUGUGAAUGUGGUUUAUGAGGAGCCGAAUAAGAAUAAGAAGACGGAACGUUUGCGUGCGUAUGCGGGUGUUGAGCACAUGAUUAUUUGGAAGGAUCUUUACAUCGGACCUGCCGUUGAGCAACGUAUCAAUGCACCGGACGAGACGCAUCAUUCGAUAGUGAUGGGACUGGGAACGAGUCAGCACAGUGAAGCUGAUCGCGGCAUCUAUCGUGCGCACUCUGCGGAGAGUUUGACGAGUAAUGAUAUGAUCGCAUCGCAGUCAAAUUGCAAUCAACCCUACGGUACUAGUUUCGCGCCAACGCCAACACUCAAUGCAACGCGAUCGUCGAUACCGAGUGACAUCGAUCCUAUUUCAAGCACGUCAACAUCCAAACAUUUACAACCGCAUCACAAUUCUCUUCUUACGCGUGAAUUAGAUGCAGAUGGUUUAACAAGAAUGGUGAAUGUUUUCCAAGAGCAAGCACGUAAGAGAAUCGAUGUUCUGGAGAAAAUGAAACGUCAAUAUGAGCAACGUAUAAAGGAUUUGGAACGCGAAAAUAAACAGUAUAAAAGUGCUGAACCAUCACCUUCAAAUGUAUCGCGUUCGUUCGGAGAUGAGAACAGUGAAAGCGGAGGGUCGAGAUCAGUCGAUUCAACGUUAUCGGGUGUAUCGCUGAUUGAAAAAGAUGAUACUUCGGACAUAUCAGAUGGUUCCAAAGGAUGGCUAGUGGACAGCGCGUCUCCGAAUUGUAUGAAUUGCCAACAACCGUUUUAUUUCAACAAUCGAAAACAUCAUUGCAGGAGUUGUGGCAAGUUGUUUUGUGGAAAGUGCACGAGCUUUACGUACCAUCGAGUGCAGGACAACAAAGGUGAGCAGGUGCGAGUGUGCCACGAUUGUUAUAUGCGGAUGUCACGUGCCACUGAUACAAGAGAUGCGAUCAUGUGCACUCCGAAUGGCGUGAAUAUAGAUUCGGAUGCGAGUGUGAACGCAAUAACAUCUUCAUCGUCAUCGAGCACAACUCAAACUGCAUCGCACAGUAACGCCAAACCAACCNCGAGCACACAUGAAUCGCCACAUUUCAUAAUUGGUUCUGGAAAUGGUCAACCUGUUUUUGGUUAA